AUGACUUGGACAUUUAACGGGACUGUUGACACGACUGUUACUGGGCUGUUACUGGGCUGUUACUGGGCUGUUACUGGGCGAUUUGUCCUCCUGACCCCUGCCGAGCCCCCCGUCGUCAUCGGAUAUCUGCAGCUAGCAAGCUACGACAAUACGGAACAAGAAUAUCCAACACCAGAUCAUCCAGAAUCCUUGCCACCUGCAUCAUCUCCACCGGCAUCAUUCUCAAAGGAGAAGCGUGUCGCAGUCUACGAGUAUGAUGGACCACGGUACAACUCACAUUGCCGCCACAUUGUCGUCGGGCUAGGUCGUACAAAUCAAGCCCUCCGCGUAUCACUCCUGGACGGUGCUGCACUCUUGAAGCUGGCUAGCCCUCCUCCUGUCACUCCCUACUCCUCCCUUCUCACACAUCCAUUCUUUUUAUCUACUCAUAUCUGGCAUUCAUACAUUCAUUCAUUCAUUCAACAACUAGAAGCAUUCCCUUCCUUGUCGAGGGAUCUCCAUUCUUUCCUUUAUGGUAGAUCCUCCCACAGCAGCAAACCCUACACGGUUUCGAAACCGGACUGGAUCUGGCAGACACCACUGCGUUCUACUCACUACCAAACAACAUCUGCUUCAAGCCUUAACUGGCCGUCAGAAGCAUCCUUAUCCAUAAUGCAUAACAUGGUCAACAAAAGCAACUCCAUGCUUCUCCCUCCUCUCCCGCUCGACUCUUUCACCAAAGCAGUACCAGAUCUCAUCCACUACUUCGAAGGUCUUGAUACUACAAUCGAAGAAUUAGCAUCAUCAUCAACAAUGGCAUCUACCACAAUGAGCAAAGUUCCGGCGCCAUUCCCCUCCCCAUUCACGGCGCUCCGGCUCUCACUCACAACCAGUUUGAACCAUCCCAAAAGAGUGCACAUCAAUCAAUCCUCAGCCGACUCUACAGACUGCUCGACCACCACAUCCGCCUCGGGCUCUCCUCAAGCAUCCUUUCGAGGCGCCGCCUUUACCCGCUCCAGAACCCGGAACACCACACGAACACGAUCCCGCUCCCCACGCUCCAUGCGCUCAUACACCAACAGUCCCGUGCUGUUGAGCCGACGACCCUCCGCUACCGACCUUGCCCUCCUUGAAGAGGAGUCACUAUCCCACCACGUCAAAAGUGUGGGUCUGGGACUUGGGUUGAUGGAACCUCGACCCGUCAUCCCCGUCGCCGUUGCCAUGUCAGGCAGUAGCAGUAUGUUCGAUGGAGUGACAGAUGAGGAGGAGAUGGAGCAGAGACAACCUUUUGUUAUGGGUGGCAUAUUUGAAGUCAUGGAAGGGUCGUCAUGA